AUGGAGGAUGAAUCUUGCACACAUUCUCCGCCUCUGAAAAAAAUUUGUGCAGAUCAAAAUCUACCAGAACCCUUCACUUUGGAGGAGCUCUCAAAGCUGCUCAAUGUCUGUAUUUACAGACAGGAACUUGCAGCUGUAAAUCAAGAGUUAGAUUUGUUAGAUGAUAUUACUACAAACUGCACUGAAGAUAAUGUUGUUGAACAAAGUGUCAAACAGGAGUCGACGGCUCGUUCUUUUGCAUUGCCCGUCGACCAAAUGCGAAGCGACCAUCUUUUUAUUUAUAUUCCUCCAAAGAAAGAAGAGCCAGUUACUAGUGGCAUACAUGAUUCUAAGGAUUCUAACUUGUCAAUCAAACAGGAACCCGUAUCCUCAUGUCCAGAGAUUGCCUUGGAUGCUAAACGAGAAGCUUCUGUCUUGCAACAGGUUGCACGUCUCCAUAGAAAAGGCUUGUGGUCUUCUGAUCGUCUACCAAAAGUUAUGGAGCCAAGGUUUGGGAAAAUGCACCAUGUUCACCUUCUUAAUGAGGCUCUUUGGUUGUCAACAGAUUUCCGCGAAGAAAGAAAGUGGAAAAAGGACAUGGCUAUUAGGCUUGCUCGCGCAGCUCAAGCUUAUCUUAUCACACGUCAUGAAUGGAAUCAACAGAUUCAAUACUUUGAAGAACAGUUGAGAAUGAGAAACGCUGCUCGGGUGGCAAAGAUGAUCAAAGAUUGGUGGAGUGGAAUAAAUCAGAGCUUGGAUAUCCUUCGCAUGAAGUUGCACCAUAAACGGUGGGAAUAUGCUUGUAAAGAGAAUCAAGAUUCUGUAGUUCAAUUUUCCGAUACGUCACUAAGCUGGUGGGCUGCUUUGAAGUUUGACUUCAAGAAUGAAAAAUUCCAGAAACCUGAUUUAUUACAAAUUUCUCCUGAUGAAAAGAUCUUGUCAUACGUUGAUGGCGAUGGAGACAUGGAUGAUGAAGACUGGAAGCCAGAAAUAGAGAGUGAAAGUUCUACUGUCUCGGAUAGUUGCAGCAGUUCAACUAGCAGUAGUUUAGCAUCAAGUUUUCUGGAUGACAGUGAUGUUAAUGCCCCGGGAGUCACAGCGUACUCACCUUCUGAUCCUUUGUCUUCAGAACAUUACCAUUCUGAAAUCACUACUCCUAUCGCUUUUAAUCAGAAUGACAGACAACUUGGAUUAGAGAAAGAACAAAAGAACCAAGAGAUGCUUCCACACGAUUCUGAUUGUGAAUCCCGAGAUGGUUCAAAUGCGUCACACAACGCUAGCACUGAAGAAACUCAAAUAAGUCAGGCAUCACCUGAACCCGGUGAUUCUAGUGUUGAGAGCAUUGAAGUACAACAUUUGAUGUCUGACACAAAAGUUCCUUUGAAUCACCUUCUUGAAACAUAUCUCCAGCAAGGAUUGUUUACGGGAGAAAAAGUCAAAUGUGAACCCGGAUCUUGUUCUUCAGAUUCAGACACAUCCAACGGCGAAGUUGAUUGUCACACUUACGUUGAACUUCCAAAGCGCAUUCAAGAAGAAAUCUCAAUUCUUCAGAAGGAAGCAAGUUUGCCUCUACUUGAAGUAUUACCCGCCGGUUACAUGAAUUUUCUCGAAAGCGCUGAUACACACAAAUGCCCAGCUGAACGUGCAACUCUCUCUCCUUCGCAAAAGGGUUAUCACCAUUUGGAUGAAUCACCUCAAGCUGAUAUUAAGAUGGAUAGUGGAAACGUCUCUUCACCUAUGGUAAGCAAUACAUUGGGUCUGGAUAGCGGUGGCGGUGAUCCUGAUUCAGCGAGCUCUGAGUCUGAAGCGUCAUCUUUAAUAUCUGGUGAAAACAAUGAGAGUGAUCAACUGUUACAGUCUGAGGAUGAAUUUAGCACAAAUAACCGUAUGGUUUGCGCACCCUGGUAUUCUUCUACACUUCAUUCUGCACCCAGACAUAUAACAGAUUUGCACACAGCUGCUGUUGAACUACUGUCAUUAAAAUUAACAUCCAUGGCAAAUAAUGAUUUAAUGAAAUAUAUUUCUGAAACAUGUACGGUAGCUCAUGGUCCGACUCUUCGAAUUCGUUCUCUUCCAACUGCUAAUUUCGGUGCAGCCGUAACAUGGAUGCGACAUGCAUUUGCUCGAUCUGUCCCAGUUCUUCUAUUGACAAACAGUCAUCUAUCAGGUGAUGCUGAGUUGGCUGUUGCUGCGCAUCUUGGGCAACUUGCAGUUGCCGACCCUCGGUAUUAUAUGUCAUCAGGAUAUCCAUCCAAUGAAUUUGCUAAUGAUACAAUCACAGGGGAAUGGGGUCCACAUUUAAUUGUCACUCCCAGCUUGUGUCUUUCCGCUUGGCGUAAACGUCUGCAAAUUUGGUGUCCUGGUCUUCGUGUAACGUGUUUAGGUCUCGCUCGCAAAACUGACCGAUCUGGGACUGGAAAUCGUCUUCGGGAUAGCGUAGCUCGUGGUGCUGUAAACAUCUGUUUAGUUAGUUAUUCCGCUUUACGUUCAAGACCUAGCCGUUUCACAAGGAUCCAGUGGAGUUCAGUUGUAUUUGAUCAGAUGCAACAUAUUAUUCUGCAGUCUUUCAAAAGCUCCGGUCUAAUCUGUACAGAAACACCAAAUCGUCAACGAACUAUCAAAAAGUUACAUUCACAAGAUUUUACUCAAGACGUAACAAGUGACUGUGAAGCUGCCAGUUGUGAUGACAAUGUGGCAGAUAGUUUGAAUACAAGGCAGUUAAGUGGUUGGUCAAUUCCUAAAACUUCGGAGUCAAUAAUUCGUCGAAAGUUGGAAUGGUUUGAUUUAAUAUUGAAUAAGUUAGGCCGAAACGGUCAUCGUCUGUUGAUUAGUUCAUCAGCUGAUCUGAUUUAUCAUAAACACAGUCCAUAUUUAUUGGAUUUAAGUAAACUGCUUCUGUUAAAGAAUUUACCAGAUGAAGAGAAUUACAGGUCUUGGUUGAAUGAUUUUUUUCAAGCUGUCAACCUCUCAGCAAGUCAUUGUCGUCCGUCUAGCACGGGUUUGUUGUCAAAGCCAUCAAAGAAACAACUUUUCAAGUUCCUAGAUCCAUUUGUUAUACGUUUUGAUGAUGAAGAGGAAUGGGAUUCAUUUAUCAAUGAAGAGGUUAUUGAAUGUCGUAUGUCUACCAUACAACAAAAGCUUCAUGAUGCUGCAUUAAGCACUAAAGCUGCGGAAAAUGCAAUGAAGACGGGGAAUCUGAUGGAUCUUUUACAGACUGUUUCUAUUGCUGCUCGUACUUGUAGUCAUCCCUGUUUAACAGGAACUCAACCGAAGAACUCACGAAUAUUUCGACGUACUAUAAAUAAUCUACAAACCAGAAAUAAUGCUGCAUAUGGACCGUGUGUAUUUAAUUCUCUUGAGAGAAUAUGUGAUUCAAAUAGAAGCUGUUAUCCAAAUAGUAGCCUUAUCUUCAGUACUCCAGAAUCUGUUUUAUUCGGUGUUAAACUACUUCGACAAUCUGAAUUAUCAUAUACAUCUUGUCAAUAUUUUAAUUUGUUCGAAGCACUGAAGUCAUCUGUGUACGUACGUAAUCGAAUCGCCAGUCUUACACCUCAGUUUAUUGACCUAGUAUCCACUCCCAAAAAGCAAUUCACGCCACCUAGCGGAAAUGUUAGCUUAUCAAAUAGUGUAUCAGUUCCUACGAAUUCUUCACCUGUAUCACAUAUUCCAAACGGUAAUUCCGGAGACAAUCAUUUCAAAUCUGAAAAUCAUUUAACUAAUGGUUUGCCACAAUCUCAACAACCCAACUCUGAAAACUGCAUUGAUCCUGAUAUUGAGUUUGUAAGUAUUCCACAAAGACAGAAGCGCCAAAGAGAAAAUAGUAUCGAUCACAGUGAAGUUAGUAAUAAACGACGUCGUAUUGAAGAUACUGAUAUUCGUCGACCUUUUCUCGUUCACUCUGAUAUUCAAUUAUCUAGUUAUUAUCAUGCUUACUCAAAUCGGUCAUCACAGCAUUUGUCGUGCGAUUCAAAUAUGUCGUCUGACCAGCUUAGAAAUACAAAUGUGAGUUCAAGUAUAGUAAAUCAUAUUUCAAAUUCGUCAACGCACAACGUCCUUAGUGAUUCAAAUGAGCGCUCAGCUGAUAUCAGUGUAAAUGCGGAUGAAUAUCCUUGGCUUAAGGAUAACCAACGUAAGUGUACUCAGUUAACUGGUUUCGCUGAUUGGUGUUCUUUGGAUACAUGUAAUAUGCUACGUUUGGAUAAGCAUUUGCAUUCUGCCACUACUACUUCUACUACUACUGCUAUGACAAGUACUAUCAACUCUUCGUCAGAGAACUCAUCCUUUCAAUCGUAUAAUGUUUUUACAUAUGAAAAAGAAUCCAGUAUAUGGAAUAUUGUUAAGGAUAAAUUUUCUUUAUUCUGGACAAACCCGAGUAUUUUAUGCACACGUCCUCGUGUUAUUGCAACGCCCGCACGAUUGACUUCACGUAUUGGACCUGUUGAUCUUGAAUUAUUGAACAAAAACAAAUCUUCAUUAUCAUUAAUUGAUAUACAUUGUCCUCAUGUAUCUUGGCCUAUGUGUAUGCAUCAUUCUACCGUUUUAAAAAUCAGUCGGCUUCUCUACCCAUUAACAGAACAAGCGCGUUUAUUAUCAAUGUCAUCUGUUCCGAAUAUUGGAUUUCAGCCUUCAUUAUCAUCUGUCAUUCGUACUAAGAUCGCUCGUGAUAAUCGUUUAUCACCACUUUGUCGAUUGUUUUCAGAAUCUGGUAAAUUUUAUCAUCUACAUAAAAAAUUAUCUCAGCUGUUGGGUGUAAAGUUGAAGGGUGAAAAACGUCCACGUUGUAUAUACUUUAUAGCGCAUCAAACAGCUUUUUUAGACUUAUUAGAAGCUUAUUUAUCUGUCUCAUCAUGGAGACUGCUUUGUCGUCUGCGUAUUCCUUCAGAUUAUCAAUCAGUUAGUGCAAAUACAUGUGUGCUACUUGAUCGUAUUAAUUAUUGGCCAUAUGGUACAAUGGGUCCAUUAUUAGUAUUAAUACAUGCGCGUAGUCCAGCUUCAUUGCUGGUUAGUUUACGUGCUGAUCCAGGUGUGCAUAUAAUAAUAUGUGAUGUUGACUGGCGAACAGAAGUGACAGAUAAUUUAAAAGCUAUUAUUCAUAGUUGGGUUUUGAAUGGAUUAUCGUCCUUCCCUUCCUCUACUGAAUACAAUAAAGACUAUAAUUCUGGUAUACAAAAAGUGAAUACUUAUCGCUUAUUGUCAAGUGGUGAUUUUGGUUAUUCAAUUCCACGGAUGACUGUAGAAGCUUGUCUGCUACGUGGUGUAGCUUGUCGUCUAUUACCACGAGCUGUAUUUCAUGCUCAUUCUACAACGCACGUGAAUCGUUCUUCUCUACUAUUUGCACGUGUUCAACCUAAUGUUGUCAAUGGAUUAUUAUCUGGUGUAUAUGCAAGAAAGUUGACACAUCGUUCACUUAUGCAAAAAAUUAAAUCCGGUGAAAUUGAUCGUUUAGAUAUAUUCAAUGAUCGUAAUUUCUUUGCACCUAUUAAACAGGAUACAUUGUCUUAUUCAUCAGCCUCAUCUAUUGCCUCAUCAUUCUCGUGUACAGGUCCAGAUAAUCGAUUAGAUGAAUUUGGUAAUGAGAGAACAGGUGAAGAAGAUGAUGUGAUAUUAUUUCAAGAAAGAGAGCCAUUAAGUGAACAACUUCUGCAUCGGGCUCUAGAGCUCUUUGAAGAUCCAACUGAUACGCAAGCAUGGUGUUGUACAAAUGCAGAGAGAAAAGCCAUUGCCAAUGAAUUUAUUCCUAUAGAAAAUGAAAUAGAUGAUUCUUAUUCAAUAAGCAGUGACAGUGAUAUUGAAGAUGACGAGGAUGACUAUCAGAUUGAGGAUGAAAGUGAUGAAGUUGAUGAUUCUGAAGAAGAUAUUAUUAUUAAUGAUGAAUUAAUCACUAGUGAAUUAAAUACAGAUUUUAUCCAAUCUAUAGAAGAAGAAUACAAGGAAAAUUCUACUGGUUUAUCUCAGUCUGACUUAUCAAAACAAUUGGGUUAUAGUGAUUUAAUUGAAUGGGAAUUUGCCAAUUAUGAGCUUUUAACGCGUAUCUCAGAUCUUGAAGAUCAAUUAUAUCCAUCGGACAAUGAUUGGUUAACUUAUCAUUAUCCUGUUCAUGAGAAUUUUACACCUGAUCCGUGUGAACAACACCUACAUCAAUCACAGGAUGUAGAAUCUACUGCACAAACAUUUCCUCCUUCAUUAACACUCUUUUCUCAACUCCCGGUAUGGUGUCCUUUUGAAUCACAUCUAAAAUAUCUACAUACCGAAUCAAAUGCCUCGGAGUCUUCUUUCCUCCAUUUGAAAAAUGAGUGUGAAUUACCCCUACCUGGUGAAGAUUCAAAUGAUUGGAUAUCAAGUAAUCUUGAAUUUGAUUGGGGUUAUGAAACUGUUCCAAUGGCAGAAAGUGAACUUCCACCUUUGAUUAUUGCACCAGUUGUACAGAAUAAUAUAACUACUACUGUUAGCACUACUACUAAACAAUAA